AGUUCAUUAAAAUACCUUAUUUUAAUUUUGCCAGCUUAUUUUGGUAUCGAUUUCACUGUUAAUUGUAUUUCUACAAUGGAAUUAAAUUAGCCGGCUAAGACGAUCGGUUUUCUAAUAAUGUGUGUUUGCCAAGUAGAUUAACAUCUAAGCCGCGCACACCAACCGAUCUCGUACGCGUAAGGUUGGGAAUAGUAUCUUGUCAGUAUAUGUUUCAAUUUAUCAAACUGGUAAAUGGUCAUCACUCCAUGGUGUCACCAUUUUAAGAAAUUGAGCGGAAAUCGAAUAAAGCUAGAACAAAGUCCAGUUACGUUUAGAACGUUGGUGAGCGUUGUGUAGUUGUGGGAUUGGUUUUACCAAGGAUUACACCACACCGGCACCAUUCCGACCACGGGGACACCGGAACAUCUCCUGGCGUACAAGUCGAAACUCUCCGAUGACCAGUUUGCAUCGCUUUUAAAGGCGUACCGUCGUGCUUAUGAGGGGCAUGUCGGGAAGGGACUCCAUGGCGCACACGGGAUGAUUACAUCACAGGAGCCUUCCCCAAGCCCGCCGCAUCUGCAGGGGCCCCUGCCAGCCAUGCAGCCGCGCAACCGAAAUCGUCCCUCCUACGUCCAGAGAUGGAAGGUGCUGCGCGACCGGAACAAAAACUUGCCGAAGCUGGACUUCGCUGCAAAGGCGACCGGGGUGACGAAGAUUCAGGGAAUGGAUCAGCUAGGUCGGUCUUUGACAUAUGACUCAAUGAAGCUGCCGUCCAUCUCCACGUGCAGUGUCGUCACUGGCGUCUCCGGCAAGUCUGUACACUCGGAUGGCUACCGCAAGCCCAGUGACAGCUGGGACAAAAAAUCAACUUUCAUGGUUUCCCUGCAUUUUGAAAGAUGGAGAUAUAAUAGCUCCCAUCAGGACUUGGCCAGCGGCUCGUACCCGGAUCUGACGUCACGUUCUGAACUUCCUGAACUCAUUAAUACUUCAAAAGAAGCGCAGACGGAGGCGAGCGUUACAGCCGAUGAGAAAAAAACUGACACACAUGCACACAGAUAUGAGAACAUUACGUACAAGAAACAGUUGUUAAUGCGUCGACGGACGAAAUUCUCUGAGAACGAUGUUCAGAAACGCAAGGAGAAAGCAAUACUUGCUCAGGCCGAGGACCACUUAAAACAGACUAUUGAGAAGGAACUUUCCUUUGUGAAAAACAAACAAGCGUUAGUUAAACGACAACUCAGGAGAAAAGAACAUAAAACGCAUGCUGACGGCAUCCCCAAGUCCCCGUCAUCCUCCACUGUUGUCACGGACACCGUCACGUGCACGCCUGAUGACGUCACUCUGUCGUCCCCGCGCACGCUCUCCAAAUCUUCUCCCUCGCACGUGGAAUCUAACCUGCCCUCUGUUACAUCGGAACUAGCUAUCACCAUUUAACCAUUGACAUAAUUAUACGCUAACAAGUUAUUAACUGUUGAACCUUUAACAUGUGUGAAUGUGACACCUUAACAAUGAAUCUGUGAAUAAAAUAGCAUGCAGACUAUUUUCCUUCUUUUCGACUAUAUACAUUUUUCUGAAGGAGAAUGUAAUGAAUUUCAGUGCAGUUACUCUUAUGGAAUGUCAUCAAUACAUUUACAUAUUAAUUUAUAUCCGUUAAAUUUUCAUAUAUAACAAGGGCUUUUUUAAAAAAACUACUACUAUAUAUUUCUUGUGUUAAAUUUGCUAGUAAUAUGUUAAUUAUUU